AUGCGGUGGCUGGGUCCGGGGGUGCUGGGGGUGCUGGGGGUGCUGCUGUCCCUGCUGCCGCCCCCCAGCCCCGCCGACACCUUCUCGGCCAUGCUGAGCGUGCGGCGGGCGCUGGGCCCCGAGGGCCGCCUGCUCCGCCGGCUCCGCGCCUACCUGCGGGAGGAGCGCGGCCGCCUCCGCCGCCUGCGCAGGUUUUAUGAGAAGGUCCAGGCACUGCACCAGGACUCCAAGGCCUCAGUGGACAACCCCUUGCUGGCCUUCAGCCUCAUCAAGCGUCUUCACUCUGACUGGCCCAAUGUCAUCUACAGUGAUGAGGCCACCGAGAACACCCAGGCCCUCCACGCUGCCUUCAAGGAAGUGGAAGAGGAGCUUCCAGGGGCUGAGGACCUGGACGGGGCUGCCCAGGCCCUGAUGAGGCUGCAGGAUGUCUACGCCCUCAGCGUCAAGGGCUUGGCCAGCGGCGUCUUCCAGCGCGUCGGGACCGCCCGCCCGCCCCUCUACAGCCCCGGCCGGCGCGUCGCCCUCUCUGCCGACGACUGCUUCCACGUGGGCAAGGUUGCCUACGACACAGGUGACUACUACCACUCCAUCCCCUGGCUGGAGGAGGCCGUCAGCCUCUUCCGCCUCUCCUACGGCAGCUGGAACCCCGAGGACAGGAGCAGCCUGGAGGAUGCUCUGGACCAUCUCGCCUUCUCCUACUUCAUGGCUGGAAACGUCUCCCACGCUUUGAGUCUCUCCAGGGAAUUUCUCCACUAUGACCCCAGCAACCAAAGGGUGGUGAGGAACGUGGCCAAGUACAAGAAGCUGCUGGAGAUGGGGAAGGUGGUGAGCACGGAACCCCUGAGGCGCCCCAACAGCACCCGCCUGCGGAGCCGUGACGCCUACGAGGAGCUGUGCCAGCGCCCGGGGGGGCAGCAGGCCCUGGAGCAUCUCCCACACUUGAGCUGCUCCUACGAGACCAACGGCAGCCCCUACCUCCUUCUCCAGCCCGUGAAGAAGGAGGUGGUUCAGCUCCAACCCUACGUGGCUUUGUACCAUGAUUUCAUCAGUGAUGCUGAGGCUGAGACCAUCAAGGGGUUGGCAGGGCCAUGGCUGCAGAGAUCCGUGGUGGCCUCCGGGGAGAAGCAGCAGAAAGCCGAGUACCGGAUAAGCAAGAGUGCCUGGCUGAAGGACACUGCCCACCCCGUGGUGCAGGGGUUGGAGCGGCGCGGCGCCGCCCUCACCGGCCUGGACCUGAGGCCACCCUAUGCUGAGUACCUGCAGGUGGUCAACUAUGGGUUGGGAGGACACUAUGAGCCACACUUCGACCACGCCACGUCCAGGAAAAGCCCCCUUUACAGAAUGAAGUCGGGCAACAGGAUCGCCACCCUCAUGAUCUAUCUGAGCGCAGUGGAGGCCGGAGGCUCCACUGCCUUCAUCCAUGCCAACUUCAGUGUGCCCGUGGUUAAGAAUGCAGCUCUUUUCUGGUGGAACCUGCGGAGGAACGGGGAUGGUGACGGGGACACCCUCCAUGCUGGCUGCCCAGUCCUGGCUGGGGACAAGUGGGUGGCAAAUAAGUGGAUCCACGAGCACGGGCAGGAGUUUCGGCGGCCGUGCAGCACUGACCCACAAGACUGAGCCCCCCGUGGGCUCAAGGACGUGGCACCCACGGGUGACAAAGCCACCCAAGGAGCUGCAGCAAGAGGAGGGAGGGAAGGGGGUGGCAGUGGCACAAGGUGCUGCUGGGGACAGUGGCACUUGCUCAGCUGUGGCUGAAUCCCUGGUGAAAAUAAAAGUCAAA